AUGGAUGCGCUUGCGCGGAUAUUGGGGGACGCGGGCGGGGAUGGAGAGGAGUGGAGCGAGGGGGAGGACGAGGGAGACGACGACGGUGAGAUGCAUGGUCUUGGGUCAUGGGAUGGUGCCGCGGGACUGGGCGGAUUGGUGAUCGAUGCAGAUGGAGAGUUUGGGGUCGAGAUCGACGGCCCUGGGAGAUGGGCGGGCGCCGCGGGCCUCGGUGGGGGCGCGUUUGGCGCCGAGGAGGAGAUCGUGGAGGAGUGGCGGCCUGCGUCGCCUGGCGGAGGCGCAUGGGAUGACCAUCCGUUCGAGAUAUGA